AGUGAAGUGUUGUACAGUAUUUCAUCAUCUCGAAAUAAUAAUUUAAUUAGUGCUAAAUCAUUUGUCAAGUUGCAGUUUUUGCAGCCAGACCGGAGCCACAUGUAUCUUACAGACUGAAGACACAUACAUUUAAUGAUCCUUUAUUAGUUGAAGGAUAUGUUAAAGAAGGUCAGUAGAAAUAGAAACCAAUCUUUCUUAUUUUCCUUUUGUUUGCAUAAACCAGGGGUCUUCAACUCUUCUUCAAGGGCCAGAUUAUUAUUAUUAUUAAAUAUGUUAUAACUAAUGUUGUUACUUUUGUUAUAGGUCAUAUAUUUACAAUCAUGCAUUUUUAAAAAAGAUGCACACAUCUUGUAUCCAGUAUUUUGUCCUUUAAUUACUGAAAACUUAAAAAAAAUAAUUACAGGAGCCAAAUGUUAUAAACAUUGGAUAAAACAGUGCAAGUGUAAAUAAUCAACACAUGUAUUUUGUCUAUCUGUCUAUCUAACUGUAAUGAAUGCAGAUAACUCAAACUUCUUUUGUUUAUAACAAUUGUACUUUCAUAAAUUGUUACAUUUCAAGUAUUCAAAACAUAUAGUCAGUCUUCUCAUAACGACUGAAAUUCCACUUCAUUUUUUCUUUUUUAAUAUUUUAAAGAUAUAUAAGGUAAAACACCUUUCCAUUGUACACUGCAUUCAGACACGACUGUCGGUUCGCCCCCUAGUGGCAGUCGUAUUGAAAUUUCAGUUUAAUCUUAAAUCCGUGUGUAAGAAGCUCAUUCAAGCACAAGAGUCUUUAAUCUACGAUAUAUUUGUACUUAAUAAUUUACUUAUCAGUAAUCAAUCGUUUUUAAAGGAUUCAAGUGUUCAGACAAAGAUGACCGGCAAGCCGGAUAAAGUAGAUUGAAGUGCCUGACAUACACCUUAAGAAAAAAAUGUCUAAAAUAGUCCCUAAGUUUUACUAGUGCAGUGCUCUUUCAAACACAUUUGCACGUAAAGAGUUCAUAUUACUUUCACUUUCAUUUUAGUAUCUCAAAGGUACAUAUUGCUACCAAAUGUAUAUAUAUCUGUACAUAAAUGGUACAAAUUAGGAAUUAGGAAGGGUACUAAUGGGUUAAAAUUUUGACAUUUUUUUUAACAGUGUAGUAUGUAGUAUGACAGUAUAUAAAAAGUAAAUAACUUUAAAAGUAUUUUUCUUCGCUAAUGUCUUAAUUUGAACACCGAGUGAGCCAAGGCAGAGUUUAUAAAUGUGACGACUAUGUGGAAACACAUAGUAAAAUGCUGUGUAUGUGUUUAACAGCACAGAAUGAAGUGGCUGGAGACGCCUCAGAAAUCUCAGAUCAACUCAUUACUUUAGAGAUCAGGUCACCUGAUGUCUGUGACCUCACGCUGAUCGAUUUACCUGGAAUAGCCAGAGUCCCAGUACAAGGACAACCAAGGGAUAUUGGAAAUCGGAUCAAAACCCUGAUUAUGAAAUUUAUUGAGAAGCCCGAGACUAUAAACAUGGUAGUGCUCCCAUGUAACAUUGACAUUGCAACAAAUGAAGCAUUAAAAAUGGCACAGGAAGUAGAUCCUGAGGGUACAAGGACUGUAGCUGUUUUGACCAAGCCGGACCUCAUAGAUGUGGGAACAGAAAAAAACAUUCUGGCUAUUGCCCAGAACAAAGUUAUCCAGCUGCGCAAAGGUUACAUCAUGGUGAAGUGUAGAGGUCAACAACAGAUUGAUAAAAAAAUUCCUCUGGAGGAGGCUUUACAGAUGGAAAAAGAUUUCUUCAAGAAACAUAAACAUUUCAGAUGUCUUCUGCCUCAGAACAAAGCUACUAUUCCAUGCCUUGCCACCGAUCUCACCGUUCAUCUUGUUGAUCAUAUUAAAAAAGCACUGCCACAGGUUGAUGCUCAAAUAAAACAGCAGUCAUCAGAAGUGAGAAAGGAGCUCAAGGAGAUUGAGGGAGGACCACCACAGGACCCUCAGGGGGCUAAAGAAUACCUCAUUAAGACUCUAUUAUCAUUCAAUGAUAAAAUAAAGUCCCUGUCAUUAGGGGAGCUGAUCGUUAGUGACAAUUUGUAUACUCAGCUCCGGAAAGAAUACGAGAAGUGGAAUGAUCAUCUAAACAGCACAAUGUCAAUAUUUAACCAUCCGACUGCAAGGGUAAAAGAACAAAUCUUACAGAAUAGAGGACGGGAACUUGCUGGCUUCAGCAGCUACAGGGUUUUUGAGAUGCUUCUGCAGGAAUAUGUGGCCCAACUUAAGGAUCCAGCCAUUGUUUUACUUAAUACUGUGAAAGACAUCAUCCUCAAGCAGUUCGUUUGCAUGUCUGAUGAAUUUUUCCGGCGUUACCCAGCUCUUAAGAAUAUAACUAUGAACAAAAUCGACCAAAUUCAAUCAAGUCAGCGAAGCAAAGUUGAGAAUAGGAUCUUGGAGCACUUUGAAAUGGAAAAGAUGAUCUUUACACAAGAUAAAAUUUACUACAAUACCUUGAAUGAGAAUGGCGAUGAAAUAUUUUCAGAAGCUCAGUUACCUGUUUGUGAUAUAGCAAGCAAGUACACAGAUAUGCUGAAGGCUUAUUAUGAGAUUAUGGUGCAGCGCAUGGCUGAUCAUGUGCCCAUGGUGACCCGCUAUUUCAUGUUGAAAGAGGCUGCUGAGCUCCUGUGUAAUGAUAUGCUGACUCUGUUGGAUAGGGAUGAUGUGUGUGAGAUUCUGACUGAAGAUAGCGAUAUUGGUCGAAAGCGCAGAGACUUGCAGGCUCGUCUGGAUCGUUUGAACACCGCUCAGGAAGAAAUUGGCAAAAUUAUUUGAGGCAUCUACUUUAAUUUAUGUAAUUUAUAUGACAACCUAAAGGUCAUGUAAAUCAUGUUCUUUUAUCUAUUUGACGGCCUAGAUUUUGCCUGUUACGUCUCACCUUUUUUAGAACAGCUGUCUGGUUUGAUUGGGUUUUUAUAAUGGGUUUAUUUUUAUGUACAUUUGAAGAGUUUGGUUCCAAAAUGAGAUAACCUCUGUUUUUAAAACUUUGAUCAGACUGCAGUUGGUUAGUUUAAAUGUAAGCCUUAAUAAAGAAUAAAAUACAGCUAAGUAACACAAUAAAAACAUGAUAACAUAAUAAUAAACAUGUUUUGACAAAAAUGUUUAAAACGGGUUAACUCGUUUUGGAAACUCUUCAUUUAAACAUGCAUACAUUUCUGUAGUUGGUCAUGGAUUUGGUUGGAUUUUCUUAACAUAAAUUACAGGCAUAUAGCAAAUCAUUAGUUAUUGUAUUUAAAUAUUCUACUGGCUAAAGGAUAUUUUCUGCAUGCAUAUCGUGUUUCUAACAAAACAAUAAACUUAAUUCUUAAUUCU